AUGUUGUUGGUGAUCGAAUGUGUUGAUGAUGUUAAAUCAAUGACAGAUAUAUCGAUAUGGUUGUAUCAAGCCCUACACGGUUAUGCGGCCCAUCAACAGGAUAUCAAAUCGCCGCACUUGGCUCUAAUCAUAAAUCGUCUCUCAAAACUGCUCUUCUACAAAAUCAAGCCUGUUUUUGUUUUUGACGGACCGAAUGUACCGCAGUUCAAACGCAAGAUAUUGGUAAGUCGUGAACGUGAAAUGAAACGUUAUAUGGAUGAUAUGAAGAUAUCAAAAGCACAGAAACGUGUUCUAACUGAAAUGGCACUCUCUAAUGAAGUUGAUAGCGAGCAUUCGCAAGAUAAAUGGAUAAACGCAUUCAGUUCAUCGUCUGCGUCGUCAUCGAAACGCAAAACUGAAGAGGAUAAGCUGAUGGAGAAAAUCCAGUUGGAUAACGCAAAAUCCCAACAGAAUACCUUGAAACUAAAACAUGAGGCAGAAAACGAUUCGGAUGAUGUGCAGUUUGUGUAUUCUUCACAACCGACUUGCUCGAAAUCGGAGGAUGUAAAAUAUGAUGAUCUCGAUGAUGAAUCGAUGAAAACAUUGAUUACGCCUGAUCAGCGUCUUGAUUACCUGUUGACCUUACGUGAACGUGAACGUCGUGGUCGAGUUACCGAAGAUCAGGUUCCAGAGGAUUCACGUGAAUUUUGUAACUUUCAAUUAAAACGUCUUCUGAAACGAAAUCGAAUCAAUGAGCAACUUGAUAUGUUGAAAAAAGAGGCACUCGGAGACAUGUUCAACUCGGAAACGAAAUCAAAAGACGGUGCAAAUUCACAGAAUACGGUACUUUUAUCAGUGAUGGAAGGUCUUACAAGGGGACAUUUCUUGACGCGAGACGUUGAUGCGGACGUGAUGAUUGAUGAGGAGCAAACCGAAAAAGCGCAACAAAUCAGAGAGUCAAUCUCGUGGCCAGUUAUGUUGGAACGAAUGAGAAGUGAAACGAAUUUAAAUGGUGGCGGAGUUAAGAUCGAGCCAAAUGAAUCGGUGGAGAUUGCUAAUCGCAAUCCAUCACCUCCAAAAGACAGUAUUAAAGACGAAAAUACUGAUGAAGAUGAAGAUGAAGAUGAAGCACUUCAAGAGGCUAUUGCCAUGUCGAUACGUGAGACAGCAGUGAAAGGUGGUUCGAAAAGAGCCGAAUGUUCGUAUGGAGAUGAAUCAAAAAGUGAUGUUGUCGAACGAUUCAGCAAUGUUUUUGCGAGAAGAGCGAGAGAUUUACAACGUGACACUUGGUCUGACAGUGCGAAAUCGUCAUCUGAUGAAAGCGAUGAAUUUAUUGAUGUUGAUGAUCCAGUGAUGCCCAUUGCUGAUGCAGACACGAAAACAAAUUCAGAAACAACCGGAGCAACUGAUCCGCAGACUUCUGCACCUCUUUUCUGUUAUCACCGCAAUGAUUUUAAGGAUUGGAUGCCAGAUUAUGUGCACGAAUUUGGUAGGAAAGAGGGAAAAGAAUACGAAUCACGGGUUGUUCGAACAGAUGAAGACAUUGAACGUGAAGAAGAGGGUGUUUAUAAAGAAUGUCAGGAAUUGUUACGUCUUUGCGGUAUUCCGUUUGUUAUUUCACCGGCUGAAGCUGAGGCUCAGUGCUGUGAAUUGGAACGAUUGGGUUUAGUUCAGGGUAUUGUAUCAGAUGACUCAGAUGUGUGGUUAUUUGGUGCGUCGACUGUCUACAAGAAUUUGUUCAACCAAAAAAGACGAGUGCACAGAUUCUCGAGUGAAACGAUUCGAUUGACCCGUUGGGAAAUGAUCGAAAUCGCUCUGUUGUCCGGUGGUGACUAUACAUCAGGAUUUGAGAACGUUGGCGUUGUAACAGCGCUGGAGUUGAUCUCUGAAUUCAUGACAAGAUCUGAAACGGAAGCUGCUGAUGGAGAAACUGAAGCAUUCGAACUGCUUCAACGUAUUUCAAACUGGUUGAAUAGAACCGACAACAAUGGCAAGAUAGAACAGAAAUCUAGCUCCACUAAUGGAAAAUCUCAAAAGGACGAAAGUAAGAGCUCUAAAAGAAAGUCUGAUGGAAGCGAUAAUGGAGGAACAUUCGAAGUGGCUCGAAGACGAAAGUUACGCGAAACGAUUGAGCGUAAUAAUGAGAAGGAAAUCAUUGAAGCAGUGAGUUAG